AUGAAGCGGACCUUUAACCGCCGCCGUCAACAUGGCCUGCCGACGAACCCGAAAAGUCUAGAAGAGCUGGGGGACAUUCCGGACGAGUUCAGGUUGACUCUGGCGCGAAAGCAAUUCAUGUGCUUCGACUCCUUCCAGGAAGAUGAGGAAGGGAAGCGUAUCAUUGUGUUUGCUUCAAAAUCUUCCCUCAAAAAGUUGUCCAGAGCAAAAAUUUGGCAAGCAGAUGGAACUUUUGACACGGCGCCGGAUAUUUUCACUAAAAUUCUGGCCAUCCAUGGCGAGUACAGGGGCGAGACCUUACCUUUGGCUUACGCUUUGCUACCGGACAAGCUGGAGUCUUCCUACAGGCGCGCCUUGCUCGCCAUCCUGGAUACCAUUGAGGACUUCAGCCUGCCAGCACCGCACCCGACUACAUUCAUCAGUGACCUGGAGAAAGGCCUAAACAACGCCAUCACAGCCCUCUUCCCCAACGCACAGCUCAGGCUGUGCCUGUUUCACCUGCGGCAGGCAGCAUUUCGCAAGGUGCAGUCGCUGGGACUCCAGGCUGCGUACCGAGACGAGGAGGACUCCUCAGUGCGUGACAGCUUCCGGGAGAUGGUCGGCCUGGCGUUCGUGCCCCCCGAGGACGUCGAGGAAUGCUUCACGGAGGCGAAGAACAACUUGCCCCCCGCAAUGCACGCCUUCGGGGAGUACUUUGAAACAACGUACGUCAAGGGCCGAGUCCUGCGAGGCCGACGGAGGGCAGCCCCGCCGCGGUACACCCCCGCCCUCUGGAACCAGUACCUCGCCGCCUUGAACAACGAGCCUCGCACGAACAACGCGACUGAAGCGUGGCACAACAGAUUCCAGACAGUGGUGGGGAAGAGCCACCCCACGCUCUUCCACCUGAUCAAGGAGUUCAAGAAGGAGGAGGCGGACUCGACGGUCAUGAUGGCGGAGCUGGACGCAGGGAAGAAGAUCCGGCAGCCCCAGCGCGCCAAGUACCAGCGCAUCAACCAGCGACUGCAGCGCCUGGCCGAGUCCUAUGGGCAGUUCAAGGAGGAGGGCCGAGUCCUGGAGUAUCUCCGCGCCUGCGGCCACAAUGUUGGCCACUAAAUUCUGGUAACAGGUACUAACACUCCCCCCCCCCCCAAAUACUAAAUUCAUAGUGGGGACGAAAUGUCACUGAGGACAAAAUAAAUCGGGGACGACUUUUUUGAGGACAUUUUAUCCGAGGACUG